ACAGGAUUAACAAGUAUGAAGCCGUUUUUUAAUAUUGUGAAGGCCAUUAUGGUCCGGCUAGUUUUGUUGGUACAUAGUUUACUAGCUAUCUGGAGAGUGGUCAACAUUGCAAAUGAUAUGCAUUUUUGGUACUUAGCUAUUGCGGACGGAGCUUUCCUUAUAGAGGGAUUGAUUACAAUAAUAGCCAGAAAAGGAAUGGAAUAUAAAUGGUUCUGUCCUUGCUUUUUCUUCUACCUGUGUAGCACUAUUCCUGCAAUAUGGUUAUUAGAAUUAGACAGGCGCGAUCGGUUUGUAAAGGAAGAAAAUGCAACCCAUACGACUGACACCAAUUCUACUAACACGGUCGGAUUGCCUAACUUUUAUGGGGUUUCCAUUUCUAUUCAAUUGGAACCUGAUACCUGGGUGGUUAUCAUUGAACAAUUAUUGUUAUACUUCAUGAUCAUUGGUCGAUGGCUUUUACCACGGGGGAACAUCUCAAGAAACGAGUUGUCACAACUACUAUUCGUGUUUAUUGGAAUGGCAUCCGACAUUACCGAGCUGUUUACUUUAUUUGACGAGAAAGAAGUACGCGAAAAUUUACAUCUAACGUUCGCAGUUUUGAUCAUUUGGACAUUAAGUUUACUUCAGUUCUGUUUUGUUCUGACAGCUACUAGAAAUGUAAAACGAGGCCGCGUGGCACUUCAGUCUCCACCAAGGAAAUCAUGUGGCUGUUCGUGUUGUUCAACGGAAGUAUGGAGCAUUUUGGUCGCCAUGUUGAUGCAAGAUAUCCCAUUUGUUACCGUUCGUCUUUACACUAUUGCAACAUAUAACCUCAUCAAUUAUAGCAUCAUAUUUUUUACCGCCAAAAAUCUCCUGGUUGUGAUGUUAUUGCUGUAUCGUUUUGCGGUUAUUUUAGGGAGCAAGAAAAAGGACGAUGGCAAUAAAAGUCUAGAUUCAUUCAUGGAACUUGGUGACAUGGAAUUAAAAGUAGACGCUCCGAAACAAGUUUCAGUUGUAUCUGAUAUGUAUCAAAGCAAACCGUAUCCAAACACGGGUAAACAUAAUGGAAACGGAAAUGGGACGAGAAACGGCAAUUCUCAAAGACCUCAGAAACAAAUUUGUAGUUAUGAAAACAAAAUUGGAGGAUUAUAAUUAUCAAAAUUUUAUUUCCGAGGGCCAAAAAGAAAUGAUUACUAUUGAUAC